GCUUGCACAGUGUAAACAGUAUCGUAACCGUGCCAACAAAAAAUAAUAUGCAGUAUUAAAUCGUCACUUAUAUAAUUUUAGCAUCUUAAAGUGAUGUCUGGAAAGACUGCGCCUGGUUCAUCACUUCGUCUAGAAUGGGUUUACGGUUAUCGGGGCCACCAAUGCCGCAACAAUUUGUUUUACACGGCGACAAAAGAGAUCGUGUUUUUUGUAGCUGGCGUGGGAGUGGUUUAUAACGUGAAAGACCACAGUCAACGCUUCUUUCUCGGGCACGAUGAUGAUAUUAUUUGUCUUUCCCUACAUCCGGAGAAAACAAUUGUGGCAACUGGACAGGUGGGAAAGGAUCCGUACAUAUGUAUUUGGGACACUUACAACGUCCAAACAGUGUCCAUACUUAAGGAUGGACACACACACGGUGUUAGUUCUGUUGGCUUCGAUAAAGAUGCAACGCAACUUGUAUCUGUUGGACUUGAUCCCAAUAAUAUCAUCAAUGUUUGGGAUUGGAAAAAAGGGAAGAUCCUGGCAACUGUCAAAGGUCACACAGAUAGAAUAUUUGAUUGCCAAUUUAACCCGUACAAGCCUAAUGCCAUUGUGAGCUGCGGAGUAAAGCACAUCAAAUUCUGGACACUUUUAGGCAAUUCCCUUACAUUCAAGAAGGGUAUAUUUGGCAAAGCUGGGGAGCUUCAGACUAUACUAUGUAUAGCCUUUGCGGAGGGUGAUGUAACAUUUUCUGGUACAAUGAGCGGGGAUGUUUAUAUCUGGAGUGGUAACAACCUUCAAAGAACAAUACCAGAUGCCCACCAGAGCAGCAUAUACACAAUGCUACCUAGUGAAGAUGGCUAUUCUACUGGUGGUAGAGACGGGACUAUACGUUUAUGGGAUACAGAUUUUAAAUUAAUCACCAAACUAGAUUUAACCCAGAUGAAUGAAGGCUACAAAGGUCUGUCGGUACGUAGUGCACACUGGAUUGGUGAUCGUGUCUUAGUUGGUACUCAAGAUGGAGAAGUUCUGGAAAUAUUUGUUAGGGAUCGAGACAAGCCUCGUGUCCUGAUCCAAGGUCAUGCUGAGGGUGAACUCUGGGCACUAGCUGUCCAUCCAAAGAAGCCGAUAUUUGCAACAGGAAGUGAUGAUGAGAGUGUUAGAUUAUGGAGUGCAAAUGAUAACACUUUGCUGUCCCGGACAACCAUGGACCAUAAGAUCAGAUCUGUUGCAUUCAAUCAUGACGGCUCUCAUCUUGCUGUUGGCAUGUCUAAUGGCUCCUUCACAGUACUAAAAACAAGGGAUUUAUCUGAAAUUAUUCACAUCAAAGAUCGACAGGAAGUUCUCCAUGAAAUGAAAUAUUCGCCAGACGGAAACUUUCUGGCUGUCGGGUCAAACGACAACUUUGUUGACGUUUACGCAGUUACACAGAAGUAUAAGAAAGUGGGCCAGUGCUCAGGUAGCAGCAGUUUCAUCACGCAUCUUGAUUGGUCACAAGACAGUAAAUACCUGCAGACUAAUAGCGGGGCAGGUGAACGGCUGUUUUAUAGAAUGCCAGCUGGCAAACAUUUCACCAACAAGGAGGAGAUUCAGAGUAUACACUGGAGCUCGUUUACUGGUGUCUUGGGGUCAGAGGUCAAUGGAAUUUGGGCUAAAUACACAGAUACAAAUGACAUUAAUGCCCUUGAUGCUAACUUUGGCAGUGAAGUCUUGGCCACUGGAGAUGAUUUCGGGUUGGUGAAACUAUUUCGCUUUCCAACACUAAGGAAAGGUGCAAAGUUCCGCAAGUAUGUUGGACAUUCAGCACACGUAACCAAUGUGAGAUUUACACAUGACAAGGCAAGGCUGAUAAGUACCGGGGGAGGGGACCAUGCUAUAUUUCAGUGGCACUUCUAUCCUGAGGGCGUCAGUCCAAAUGAUGACACCGGUCAUGAUACAGGUUUUGCAGACUCCAAUAGUGAAGAUAGUGAUUCGGACAUGUCAGAUGUUGGUGAAAUUGAUUCCGACAUUGAGAAAGAGAAGCAAAUGGACUACAGACGACCUCUCUACAAGGAGGAUUUAAAGGCCUUGAACCAUCAACAGAGGAAGGGGAAAACCAGUAAUGGAACCAAGAGAAAGAAAGCACCCAGUGAAGGAAUCAAACUGGAGUUUGUGCAUGGUUACCGUGGGUAUGAUUGUCGUAACAAUUUAUUUUACACACAAUCUGGUGAAGUGGUUUACCAUGUUGCUGCUACAGGUAUCGUCUAUAGUCGUGAUACUCACACGCAACGCUUCUAUCUGGAACACACUGAUGAUAUCUUAUGUCUGGCUAUCCAUCCGCACAAGGAUAUCAUUGCUACUGGACAGGUUGGAAGAGAUCCCACAAUCCAUAUUUGGGAUUGUGAAUCGCUGAAGACGCUGUCAAUCAUGAAGGGGCAACAUCAAAGAGGAGUCUGUGCAGUCGACUUUUCAGGAGAUGGAAAGAAACUAGCGAGUGUUGGUCUUGAUGAUAAUCAUUCAAUUGUCGUCUGGGAUUGGAAGAAAGGAGACAAGUUGGCAACAACAAGAGGACACAAGGACAAGAUAUUUGUCAUCAAGUGGAACCCAUACAUCCAUGAUAAACUAGUGACAGUGGGAGUUAAACACAUUAAGUUCUGGAACCAAACUGGUGGUGGGUUUACAUCAAAACGUGGCACCUUCGGUAAUGUUGGUAAAUUAGACACGAUGAUGUGUGUAACCUAUGGCAGAUCUCCAGAGAUGACAUAUUCCGGAGGUGCCAAUGGCAAUGUCUAUAUCUGGCAAGAUGUCACGCUAACGAAGACCGUCAAAGCCCAUGAAGGCCCUUGCUUUGCAAUACAUUCCCUGGAUAAGGGAUUCGUAACUGGUGGUAAGGAUGGCAACGUUGGUCUCUGGGAUGAAUCAUUUGAACGCUGUCUCAAGACUUUCUCCAUAAAGAAGAACAAUUUAGCUCAAGGUUCAAAGGGCACCUUAGUUAAGGAUAGUCCAGCAGUCCGAACUGUCAUACUCGGCCAUGGCCACAUUCUCGUUGGAACUAAAAAUGGCGAAGUCAUUGAGAUUGACAAGAGUGGACCAAUUACAGUUUUGAUUCAGGGUCAUAUGGAAGGAGAGUUAUGGGGCCUAGCCUGCCAUCCCUCCAAGGAAAUAUGUGCAACUGUUAGUGAUGAUAAAACACUUCGAAUCUGGGAUCUCGGCCCAGAACACAAGCUGUUGAACUAUCGCAUACUCAAGCAAGGGGCACGCUGUUGUGACUUCUCACCUGACGGAAAAGCCAUCGCCAUUGGUUACAAAGAUGGAAGCUUCACUGUUGUAAAUGCAGAUACUCUAGACGAUAUUGCCGGGUACCAUCACAGAAAAGAAGAAAUUUCAGAUAUCAAGUUUUCCCCAGGUUCUGGAAAAUAUAUAGCGGUAGCAUCGCAUGAUAACUAUGUGGAUAUAUAUAGCGUUAUGGGUAAUAAGCGUGUUGGUACGUGUAAGGGAUCAUCAAGUUACGUCACUCACAUUGACUGGGACAACAAUGGGAAGCUAUUAAUGGUAAACUCAGGAGCCAAGGAGCAACUCUUUUUUGAAGCGCCAAGAGGAAAGCGGCAAACAUUACGCAACUCUGAGAUCGAGAAACAAGAUUGGGCCUCAUGGACAUGUGUGUUGGGCCACACAUGUGAAGGGGUAUGGCCUGCAAAAUGUGAUGUGACUGAUGUCAAUGCAAGUUGCCUUUCUCACAAUAAACAGACACUUGCUACAGCUGAUGAUUUUGGUUUUGUUAAACUAUUUGAGUGGCCUGCUGUGGGAAAGUUAGCAAAAUUCAAAAAAUAUACAGGUCAUAGUGCUCAUGUAACCAAUGUCCGGUGGUCUGCAGACGAUAAGAAGUUGGUAUCAGUUGGCGGAGCUGACACUGCCAUUAUGAUUUGGUCACAUGAUGCUGCUGGACAGAGGGAUAAUCCAUGUGGAAGCAGCGAUGACUCUGAUACUGAUUCAGAGGAAGAAGGGGGAUAUGAUAGUGAUGUUCAGCGAGAGAAAGACAUGGACUAUAGUGCGAAAACAUACAACAAUCCAAUCCGAGAAACCAUGGGGGUUAAGCCCCAUCUACAAGAAUCUAUUGAACAAGAGAGGCCAUCAGUAAGUAGGGGAUCUUCCAGCAAACCUCCAAAGGUGAAGAAGAAUGAAACUGAUACGGGCAAGAGGAAGCGCCCUUCAAAGGUCAAGGACCUUACUUUGGAAUAUAUUUACGGUUACCGUGGAUUUGAUUGCCGUAACAACCUUCAUUAUUUAAAUGACGGUGCAGAUAUUAUUUACCAUGCUGCAGGAGCUGGGAUAGUCCAAAAUUUGGAAGCUGGAACUCAAAGCUUCUAUCUGGAACACACAGAUGACAUUAUUUCCUUGACCAUCAACCAACAUCCAAAAUGUAAGAAUCUAGUGGCUACUGGACAGAUUGGUGACAUACCCUCAAUCCAUGUAUGGGAUGCGACAACUAAGAAAACCAUCUCCAUCCUCCGUGGCUUUCACACGAAAGGCGUGUGCUCGCUGAAUUUCAGUGCAACAGGGAAACUCCUGAUAUCAGUUGGAAUUGAUGAGGAUCAUUCAAUAGCUAUCUGGAGAUGGCAGGAUGGAUCUAAAGUGGCAAGUUCCCCAGGGCAUUCGAAAAGGAUCUUCCUAGCUGAAUUCCGUCCAGACUCUGACACCCAAUUUGUGAGCAUUGGAGUGAAACAUGUCAAAUUCUGGACUUUGGCUGGAGGUCAGCUGAUCUGUAAGCGAGGAUUGAUGAAUAGUGCGGGGAAGAACACUCAGGGCGUUCGGAUGCAGACUAUGCUAUCAAUUGCAUUUGGAGCUAAUGAUCAGACAUUCACUGGUUCAAUGAGUGGUGAUAUUUAUGUUUGGAAGGGUAAUUUGCUAAACAGAGUUGUUGAGAAGGCCCAUCAGGAUGCAGUGUUCUCUUUAUACACUACCCUCAAGGAUGGUCUCAUUGUAUCAGGUGGCAAAGAAAAACCGAGUAAAGAAGGUGGUCCUGUCAAGAUCUGGGACCAAGAAAUGAAGAGAUGUCGAGCAUUCCAACUUGAUUCUGGCAAUAAAAUUGAUGUUGUCAAGUCUGUCUGCCGUACAAAGGGCAAAAUACUUGUUGGUACCAAGGACUGCGAGAUCAUUGAAGUCACGGAGAAGACAUCAAGCACCAAGAAACUUCUACAAGGUCACGGAGAAGGUGAAAUGUGGGGCUUAAGUACUCACCCUUCUAAGUCAAUGUUCGCAUCUGCAAGUGAUGAUAAAACAAUUCGAAUUUGGGACAUUCAAAACAAGAAAAUGGCAUACUUAGCUAAGCUUGGAGCAGCAGCAAGGUCUAUAUGUUACAGUCCUGAUGGUGAGAUGGUUGCAGUUGGGCUAAAGAAUGGAGAAUUCAUGGUAGUUGUGGCAGCCACCUUGAAAGUCUGGGGGAAGAAGAGGGACAGGAACAAGACAAUUACUGACAUCAAAUUUAGUCCAGAUGGUAAGCAUCUGGCGAUUGGUUCUGAUGAUGGAUGCGUGGACUUCUAUGACUUAACCCAAGGCCCCAGUCUGAAUCGUGUUGGUUUCUGCAAGGGUAUCCCAAGCUUUGUGUUUCAACUAGAUUUUUCUGCUGAUGGGAAAUUCAUUCAGGUUGGAACAGGAGCCUAUAAGAGACUUGUGUAUAAUGUACCAGGAGGUAAACCCAUCAUGGAUAGCGCCACCAUUGACAAGAUUACUUGGCAGACAUGGACAAGUGUCCUGGGUCAAGAGGUCAUUGGAAUCUGGCCUCGUAAAGCAGAGAAAGCUGACGUCAACUGUUCGGUUGUUUCUGGAAAUUCCAAUGCAAUCGCAACGGGAGAUGAUUAUGGUUUUGUCAAACUGUUUGAUUUCCCAAGCUCAGAGAAAUUUGCACCUCAUAAGAAGUAUGUGGGACAUUCUGCUCAUGUGACCAAUGUGAAAUUCACCUUUGAUGAUCGAUACCUGAUCAGCGCUGGUGGCGAUGAUUGCUGUUUAUUUGUAUGGAAGACCAACUGAGAGUGAUUCUCAAUGCCAUUGGUGUGUUACUUCAAGAAGAUAUAAUUUAAAUGAAGAGCCUGUAUAAAGUCUUCAACACUUCACUUCCGAUAAAGCUGACCUCAUCAGCGGGCGAAAUACUUUUGGAAUCUUAAUCUUUCUUUGGUGUUUAGUAAAUUGCUUCAAUAAUUUGUAUGCUAAUGCUUUUCUGUGUUUUUCAAAUUAGCUCAGUUAUAAUGAUUGGUCAAUUUCCAUAUUUAACAGAUGUUUUUAUCUGAUCCUAUAUCAUAAAAAAAAUGUAUUUACUAAAAAUUUAAAAGAAUUAAGUAACAUUCCAAUUAAAAAAAAUGAUGAUAAUAUGUGAACACAUCUAUCUGGAAAUUGAUUAGUUAGUACAGUACUUUAAUUAAAAAUGUUUGUAGAAAUAGUGGUUAUAGAAAAAAGAAAUUUCAUAAUUUCCCUAACUUUAUAAAUAACAAUCAUGAAACUCAUUACUAUAUAUUUUGUCAUAUUUAAUGGAAAUUUCUUAUAAACAUAACAUAACAAUAAAAUAAAAGUUAAAGUUAACCCUAUUUAUAUAUUGUAUUUAUAGAGAAAAAGCCUUGAAAAAAUUACCAGUAGAUUAGGAACUAUAAUUUAUAUACCAUUUAACCUGCGUCUGUAUAGUCUGGUAGACUGCUAUAAAGUAAAUCAUGCACAACAAAUCUAUUUUUUUUUUGCUGCGAAGCAGCCAAUUCAUAUUCUUGACAGCAAUUUGACCUCUGAAAGGUCAUUGUUUGUCAAAAAACAAGGGCCUAAGACGACUGAAAA